AUGAACUGUAUGCCAACUUUUUCAUCAAGUAUUCGUAAAAUCUCAUCUAAAAAUAAAAAAAGAUUGUUUAUUUGUUGUUUCUUCAUUUAUUGCAACAGAAAAAUGGUUUUAGCACCAUGUAUCAUUUCGUUUGCUCUCGGUCUUUUAUGUAUUGAUAUGUUUUGUGAUCACUAUCCACUUGUUUCGUCAUCACUUACUCCUUUUCAAUUCGAUACAUGUACUUCCUACUAUCAAAAUGCUUUCCAUCAACCGUGAAUUAUGCAAUCAGAAACGAAACGUAAAAAUAUUGAUGAACCAACUGAUAUUCGUUCUAAAUUAUUAAAAUUAGACAAAUCAACAAAUGAAACUCAAUUUAUAUCCAAUCUACCAACAGUGGUUCAUUUACGUCGUUCAAAAGGAAAAAUUGUACAAGAUUGUGAUAUUUAUAUUGGUCGUGCUUGCAAUAUGGGUGGUUGGCAAUUGAAUCAAAGUAAAUGGUAUAAUCCAUAUUCUGUUAAACAAUAUGGACGAGAUGGUGCUUUAGAUCAUUAUAAAAAAUAUAUCGAAUCAAAUCCAAAUAAUCUACUCAAUGAUCUACAUGAAUUAGCUGGAAAAAGAUUAGGAUGUUGGUGUAAACCUAAUCGUUGUCAUGGAGAUGUUCUUUGUGAACUGUUCAAAAAAAGAAAUUCAACAAUCGAUCAAAGCAUUAAAUAG